AUGGAAGUACAUCGCUUUAAGGAGCUACAGACGCAGCUGCUUGCCAUGUCGUAUGAAGAACCCAUGGCGAUCGAAAGUGUGUCUCUUGUACGUCAUUUAUUGGAAGAUUUAAUAAAAGAAACACAAGCACGUGAAGAAAUUGAAAAGGAAAAGGAGAAAAGAGAGAGAGAGGCACUUGACUAUUUCCAGACGUUGGGAUCUCUACGUCAAGAGAAUGUUAAACUGAUUCAGGAGAAUAAGAAUUUGCAAGAUGAACGUAUUCAUCAAGAAGAAGAUAUUAUCAAGAGAGAAGAAGCAUGGAAACGAGAGCUUCAGAAACGGCAUGAUGACGUCAACAGGUUAGAGUUUCUUUACGUUCAGAUGACGCAAGAAUGUAAUGCAAAGGACGAAGAAGUAGCUCGACUGAAGACGCAAUUGGAACACGUGCUAGCUAUGAAAUCAAUUGGCUCAGUGUCAACUGAUAUGGCGGAUUCUGAUAUGUCACAGUUGCAGGAAAGAAUUAUUGUGGACAUGCAACAUACGAGAAAUAUAGAGCGACAGUUGGAACAGCAUGUGCAAAUGAUUAAGGAGAUGCAAGAGCAACUGACAGCGCUGAAUACGGAAAACGCUAACUUGCGGGACCAGUGUGACCAAUUGAACGACCAAUUGACCAAACAGGAGCAGGAAAAAAGCCAGUUGUUGAAGCUUACCGAGGGCAACAAAAGCGCGUCUGGGUUGCAGGUGGAGCAGCAAAGAACGCAAGACGAAGCUCGUGAUGGCAACAACAUAGUAUCUACACAGGAAAUGACGCGGCAGGAGAAACAACGACAGGAUUUUUGUCAGCAGAAGAAUGAGCAAAUGCUUCCAGUUAUGGAUCUUGAGGAAGACUUGGAAAAUGCAAAGGCUUUGUUUCAAGAGACCGAGCAUGAGAAGGAAAAGCUACUGAUAAAAGUGGAUACGGCAUUAAAAUUGCAAUGCCACCUUGAAUCCAUGCUGGAGACGGAAAAGCGCAAGUCCGCUAACCUUCAUAACCAACUAGUAGAGAGCAACAAAAAGGUUCGCGAGCUUAUAGACAGGCAGAACUACGCACAGGUUUUGUUGGAUCGAGCUGAGGAGACUGAGAACGAUAAGCUGGUCUUUCAGAAUGAAUCCUUAGCGCUCAAGAGGCACGUGGAGGAGCUGCGCGAUCAAGUUGCUAGCUUGAAAAAUCGGGUUGAGAAUGACGAUUUGCACGCGAAACGGCUAUCGGAUGAAAUCCUAAAGUUGCAGGCAGAAGCUGCAGUAGCGAGCAAGAAGUACGCAAGGCUUGAAAAGGAGAAGGCAGAGCUGCAGAAUAAUUACGACAACGCAAUGGUGGAGUUACGUAACGCUCGUCAGACGUGGAACCAUUACCAAAACGAAUUUGAAAAACUAUCAAACGAGGUCCAGGCUCAACAGCUUUCGCUCUCGUCUGGUCAAAACGCGCUUCAGUCGAGCCAGAGCUCGAUCAGUGACCUAAAGAACCAGGUCCGCCAACUUCAAAGCGAAUUGAAGCUAAAGCAAAACAAUUUACACCAUUUGGAAACACGACUAGAACAAGAAAAGGCUAGCCACAAAAGCGUCCAGACACAAUUGGUGUUACUUCAAGAUGAGCAUUUGCAAACGAAGGAGACAAAUUGCGCACGCGAGAUUGCGUUGAAGCAGCUACGAGCGGAGAUUCAAACCAAGGAUCGUGCACUGACUGAGAAAACGGAAGCUUUGGAGAACUCUAAGUUGCUGGUUGAGCAAAUAGAGUCGUCUCGAGACCAACUAGUUUUUCAGACAAAGCAGCGACAACAAGAGAUUCAGCAGCGCCAACAGGAAAUUACUGAUCUCAAUGUUAAGGUCAGCUCGUUAAGUAGCAAAAUCUCGGCAAAGAAUAGUGAGAUCACGUCGUUGAAGAAGCUGACACGAACACUGGAUGGUGAAAAGGAUGCUAUGAAUGAUCAGCUGGAUGCUUUGACUGAGAAACACCACGCGAUUGAAACAGAGGCCAGUGAGCUUCGCAAAGCCGUGCAGGCAAAAACAUCGGAUGCUGCUGCGCUUCAAGAGCAGAUGAGCAACGUGGUGAACAAAUUGAACGAAUCCGAAGACAAGCUGAGCAAGAUGCAAGCUCACUGCUUGACACUCGAAAGUGAAAUUGGCCGUCUGGAACAUUUGAAGGGAGUGCACACUGUCGAAUUGGCGGCACUUGCACAAGAUUUGGAGAAUAUGACGGUAGAGAAUCAAGCAAUUAGUGAGGAGUGCAACCGCCUGAGACGAAUGCAGCACUCUCAUUCUCAGUCUGCCAAAACUAUGAAGCAGACUACACGAGAAAUUGAGCGACAACGAGACACACUGCAGAUUGAGCUGGAGGACCUGCGGCAUACAUACCGGUCUUUGAUCCAGGAACAUGAGGGAAUGCAAAAAGCACGGGCGGAGAUAUCAGCGCUGCAAGAAGAGCUUAGCGUCGUCAAUGAAUCAUUGAGGAAGCAAGUUGCUACGCUUGACAAUCAGCUCAAAGCAAUGAGGGAGAAGAACACGAUCUUAACGACAGAAACGGCUACGUAUCGCGAUCAAGUUAGUUUUCUUACGGAAAAGCUUCAGAAAAGUGAGGAAAAGCAAAAUGAUCUCCAGACACGAAUGCAGCAGCUUGUGCAAGAGCUGGAUACCCAAAAACAGGUUUCGACUGAGAUCUCUGCUCAGCGUUAUGGAGCUCAGGCUGAGAAUGCUGCUGUGUCACAGCGAAUUGUGCAUUUGGAGGCAAAAUUGAGCAACUGUAAGUACGAGAUGAAAUCUCUGCAGGACAAGUUGCGAGACGAGCAGUGUCAGCGGCGAAGCCUUGAAGAAGUUGCUUCUACUCUUCGUCAAAAAAUUGCGACAAACGAAGACAUGAUAUCGAACUUAGAGGAGCAACGCAAUGCCAUGGCUGCAGAAAUCCAAGCUUAUCAUCAGCGACAAGUAACAGGUUUUGCGUCCGAAAUGGAGAUGUCCGAGCUUAACCACUCGCCAGCGUCUUUUGGUCACCAGCUUCGCGCGCUGAUGAAGGAAGCGAGUAGUGCACAGCGAAAGCAUUUCUCCCCACCUCCGCUUACUUCCCCGUCAUCGAAUGCAAAUGGAAGCACUCCAGAAUCUGGUGGAAAGUCAUCCAGUGCAUCCUUGUUCUUGCCCCUUCAUGCUCUCGAAGAAGCCCAAAUAAAGUGCCAAGAGCUCGAAGACCGUUUAGCUCAGCAAGACGACACUAUCAAGCAAUUGGAGCGAUCACGCAGCAAGUUCAAGCGAUUCGCAGCGAAGUAUGAGCGCGAAAUUGAGCAGCGCGAUCGAAAAAUUGAGGAGCUACAAAGCAGUUCCCAUGCAUCUUCGUUCGUGUCCCCUAAUGCGCGAUCGUUCAGAUGCCAAUUUGUUAAAGAACUGAAGCGAUAUCAAGCGACGUCAGGGAAAAAGCACGAGAUGGUAUAUGAACUGGCAACGGUACGCGGAACGUGGAGAAGCUCUGGCAAAAUUGUGAGUUUACCAUUGUCCGAUCCACAAGACUGGUUUACGUGGGAGGCAAUGACAAUAUACAGACAAACACGCUGGCUCCCCCAACAUGUUACUGAUACAUUCAUCAUUGGAGAUUUUUCGUCGGUUUCAUAUCAAUCUCAUCGCUUUGACUGUUUGUUACUCUCAAUUGAUCAUCGUCGGGUGUUUACAGAGCUGUUGCUAGGGGAACGUUGGAUUAAUUUCAACUUGCAUCGGCACAAAUAA